CUCUCUCUCUUUCUCUCUCUCUCACAUGGAGUGCACUCUCGCCAUUGCGACCUCCUCCCUGCGGAUCAGCGCGCGGACCGCCAGCUGCUGAUCGACGGAGAAGCCUCGGCCAUGGAGGCGGACGGCGGGGCGGCGGCGGCGGCGGCGCUCGCGGAGGGCCUCAUCGCGAGGGUCGGCGAGAUCGCCUCCAUCUGCGACUACCGGUGCGCGGUGAAGAGGCAGUACUGCAACCUCGCCCGGCGGCUGAAGCUCCUGGUCCCGAUGUUCGAGGAGGUCCGGGAGUCGAGGCGGCCGGUCGGCGAGGGGGCGGCGGCGGCCCUGGCGUCGCUUAAGGAGGCGCUGGAGGCUGCCAGGGAUCUGCUCCGGUUCGGGAGCGAGGGGAGCAAGAUUUACAUGGUUUGUCCUAGAGAGGGAGCAACUAAUGAGCAAGUUCGAUGAGGUGACGGAGCAGAUAGAACGAGCUCUAAGUGCGAUUCCCUAUGAAGAACUUGAUAUAUCGGAUGAAGUUCAGGAGCAGGUUGAGCUUGUUCUUGCACAGUUCAGAAGAGCCAAAGGACGGACUGAUCCACCGGACAUGGAACUAUAUCAAGAUCUAUUGUCUCUUUAUGAGAGCAAUGACGCAGCUGCAGAUCCAACUGUCCUAAGGAGAUUGACUGAGAAGUUGCAAUUGAUGGAAAUAACUGACCUUACACAGGAAUCUCUUGCUCUAUAUGAGAUGGUUUCUGCUAGCGGUGAAGAUCCAGGGAAGAGCAUUGAGAACAUGUCGAUGCUGUUGAAGAAAAUUAAAGAUUUUGUUCAGACAGAGAACCCUGAUAUGGAUCCUCCUGCAAAAGUAGAAGGUUCACCGGCGCAUUCAGCUGGAGAAGCAUCCGCUGAUGGAAACCACAAAGCCCCCGUUAUACCAGAUGAUUUCCGCUGUCCAAUAUCAUUAGAGUUGAUGAAGGAUCCAGUCAUUGUUUCGACAGGACAGACCUAUGAACGCUCUUGCAUUGAGAAAUGGCUGGAAGAAGGGCAUGGAACUUGCCCAAAGACACAACAAACCCUCGCCAACACCACCCUGACCCCGAACUAUGUCUUGCGCAGCCUCAUAGCUCAGUGGUGUGAAGCAAAUGGCAUCGAGCCGCCUAAACGUCCUGCGAGCUCUCACCCUAAUAAAGUUACUUCCGCCUUCUCACCUGCAGAUCGUACGAAGAUUGAAGUUCUUCUCCGUAAACUAAUCUCUGGCAUCCCCGAAGAGCAGCACUCUGCUGCAGGUGAGGUCCGCCUUCUUGCGAAGCGCAACGCAGAUAAUCGCGUCGCCAUUGCUGAAGCUGGCGCGAUUCCUCUCCUAGUAAGUCUCCUCUUAACACCCGACUCUCGCACGCAGGAGCAUGCCGUAACAGCUCUUUUAAACUUAUCCAUAUGCGAAAACAACAAGGGAACCAUCGUCUCUUCGGGAGCAGUUCCCGGAAUAGUUCAUGUUCUGAAGAAGGGAAGUAUGGAAGCGCGGGAAAAUGCAGCAGCCACCCUUUUCAGCCUUUCAGUCGUGGAUGAAUACAAAGUCACCAUUGGCGCUUCAGGCGCGAUCCCAGCACUAGUAGCGCUUCUAAGUGAAGGUACCCAAAGGGGGAAGAAAGAUGCUGCAACAGCACUUUUCAAUUUGUGUAUAUACCAGGGCAACAAAGGAAAGGCCGUGAGGGCCAGUAUCGUGCCCACGCUAAUGCGACUGCUCACCGAACCUGAGGCUACCAUGGUGGACGAGGCCUUGGCCAUAUUAGCGAUACUCGCCAGUCACUCCGAAGGAAAGGCAGCCAUCGGAGCUGCCGAGGCAGUGCCUGUUCUCGUAGAGUUCAUCGGCCGUGGUUCUCCGCGAAACAGAGAGAAUGCAGCUGCGAUUCUGGCGCAUCUCUGCUCUGCGGAUCAGAGGCACCUAGUAAAGGCACAAGAACUCGGAGUGAUGGGUCCGCUCAUGGAUUUGGCGCAAAACGGGACAGAUAGAGGGAAGAGAAAGGCGGCACAAUUACUCGAGCGAAUAAGCCGGUAUGUCGAGCAGAAGAAGCAGGCUCAGGCGCAAACUGAAGCCGAUAAUCAGAUUCGCCACCAUGAGCUGCCGCUCUCCGAAAGAGAUAGCUAACUGUUUAUACAAAUUUUCGUUCUUCUCUCUUCUUGGGGAAAUGUUUCGGGAAGCUGUUUUUCAUUGUUUGUCGCAGGUGGAAAAUCACCUGGCCAUGUAAGUUAAAUUCUUUUGCUGGCCCGUGGCAAGGAGGGACUGCGUCAUUCUAACGGUUCGUCGGAAGAAACGCUGCGAAAGGAGGUGGGGCGGAGGGAGAUCAAUGAAGGGCUAAGUUAUUUCUGACAUCAGUUUACAAUGUAUACGAGCAAAAUGUACCAUCGUCGUCUUCAAAGUUUUUUAAUGGAAGAGAUGUCUGUUUACAGAACAAUC